AUGGAAAUAACUUUUCUAAUUAUCCUUUCCUUGAUAGGAUUGAUGAUUGGUUACUUAAUCAUAAAACCUAUAGUUCUUUUACUCCUAUUAAAGUUAUAAUUAGGAGAUAAAGCAAUUCUAAUGUUUAAUCCUAUUUCUGGAAUAUUAGGUGUAUUAAUGUAAUCAAUAAAAACUAACAAUGAUGUAAUGCACACAAUUUAUCAGGCCCUUAUAAAAAAUCCUAAAGCAUAAGUCAUUUUAUCAAAUUAUUUAGCUACUCCUUGUAUCAUAUUAACAGGGUCUGAAUAUCUCAAGGAUACAUUUCGAGACCAUUAUGAUUUUGAAAAAAUCGACCCAUUUAUGGUACCUUAAUUUGCUUAAAGGGGAUUAUUAAUGAUAGAAGGUGAAGGUUGGAAAAGAUAAAGAGCAUUUUUAGGUUCUGCAUUUACAUUUGAAAAAUUAAAAUCAAGAUUGCCAAUGAUAAACAAAGUUGUCAAUUGUAUAACAGAAUAAGAUGAUAAAAAGAAUUUAACUGAUUUUAUGGCUAGAAUUACAGGAGAAGUAGUAAUAAAAAGCUUUUUUGGUGAACUAGCUGAAGGAUUCUAAUUAGAAGGUAAAGAUGCCUAAGUAGCCCUUACAUAAUUAACUGGAGAAAUGUAGAUAUUUAAAUUGGAAAGCUUAUACUAUUUUCUUAAAUCUUUAAUAUUUAGAGAAAAGAUGUGGGAAGUUUUUCCUUCUAAAUAAGAAAAAGAUAUAAUUAAAAGAGUUACAAAUGUAAGAAUUAAAGUUAAGGAAUUGAUUCUGAAAAGAAUUGAAUAAUUAAGGGAAAACCCUAUCCAAAAUUAAGAUUCAAUGGUAUUUUUAGAUAUAUAUGUAACUGAAUACUUAAAAUAAUAAUAAUAAUAAUAAACAUAAAAAGAAUAAUUGAUAGAAAUUGAAGAAAUAUUGCAUCAAUUCAUAACUUUAUUCUUUGUUGGUACUGAUACAACAGCCACAACUUCUGGAACUUGUUUAUAUUAUUUGGCAAAAUAUCCUGAGAUUUAAUCUGAAAUUUUACAAGAGGUCUAAGAUGUCAUUGGAGAUAAUGAGAUUAAUGAAUCAAAUUUGAAUAAACUUUUAAAAAUUAAUGCUUUAAUAUAAGAAGUUUUAAGAUUGAGGAAUCCAGUACUUUUUACAGUUUUUAGAAAAGUCAAACAUGACAAAUAGGUUUAGGAUAUUAAAUUAAAAAAAGGAUGGGUAGUAGUAUAAAUGAAAAACUCCAGUAGUAUUAAAGACUCACAUUUUGAUAAUGCUAUUGAAUUUAAUUACAAAAGAUGGUUAAAAAAAGGAAACUUAAUUAAAAAUGAUAAUGGAUUUAUUCAUAUUCCUUUUGCAGCAGGACAAAGAAAUUGUAUUGGAUAGCAUAUGGCAAUGAUGGAAGCAAGAAUUAUCAUAGCAUUAAUUGUUAGAAAAUAUAAAAUUCUAUUAAAUCCAGCUGUUAAGUAAGUUAGAUUUGGAAUCAAACUUUUAUAAUGUAUUGAACCAGAUAAUUGUCUGUUAUUUGAAAAAAGAAUUUGA